AUGCCUUCCAACACCGCAGCUUGGCAGCCUAAGCCAGGGGUUCCAUAUGAGGUCAAGGACGCUCCCUAUAUUUCUCCUCCAGCCGACUGUGUUGUCAUCAAAAACCAUGUUGUUGCUCUAAACCCUAUUGAUUUCUUGCUACAAGACAAAGCCUGUUUUCCUACCCUCUCCUAUCCAACAAUCCUAGGUUUGGAUGUCGCUGGUGAGGUGGUUGAAGUCGGCAGUGAAGUCGCCUCGAGGCUCAAGCUGGGCGACAGAGUUUUGGCUCUGGCUGGAGGUGUAUCUUCUAAUAACCCUUCUCGUGCGGCCUUCCAAGAGUACACUGUUGUCGUUGCAAGAUUGGUCACCAAGAUUCCGGACAGCCUCUUGUACAACGACGCUGCUGUCUUGCCCUUGGGCCUUGCCACAGCCGCUUGUGGUCUCUUCCAGGCUGAUCAACUCGCUCUACAGUCUCCCUCGCUCUCUCCUAAGCCUACUGGACAAACUAUCCUGGUCUGGAGUGGCGCUUCCAGUGUUGGUGUCAACGCCAUCCAACUAGGCGUUGCUGCUGGCUACGAAGUCAUUACUACUGCCUCGCCCAAGAACUUUGAACUCGUUCGUGGUCUCGGUGCCAGCGAAGCGUUUGACUAUAACGCUGAUCCCGCUACUCUGCUCGAGCAGCUCACAAAUGCAUUCAGGGGAAAGACUGUUGCUGGUGUCUUGCAUGCUGCUGGAGACGCCAGUGCUGCCAUCUCUGUCUGUGCAGACCUCUUCGCCAAAGUCGAGGGCAACAAGUUUUUCACGACUACCGUGCUUCUUCCUGAAGACGUGCCAGCCGACUUCAAACACAAUCGUGUUUUUGCAACCACAAUUACGGACAAUGGCAUUGGAGAAGCGAUCUUCGUCGAUUUCCUGACUCAAGCGCUCGCAGAAGGCAACUUUAAACCAGCUCCUCAAGCUGAGGUCGUUGGAAAUGGGCUUGAAUCGUUACAGAAAGGUGUGGAUAUCUUGAGAGGAGGUGUUUCUGCUAAGAAGCUCAUUGUUACUCUCAACUAA